UGACGUGAUUCAUUAGAAAUGCGGUUGUAAAAGUAACGUCAAUUUCCAAUUUCGUGCAUUUCUAUAAUGAUUGAAAGGUCACUGCUACGCAUCUAAAUGAGAAUACGAAGUAUUCCUGCUUUCAGUGAUCAAUGCGCAUUAUUUGGUGCACCAAUUCAGCUAUGAAAGGUAUGGACAGUCAAGUACAAUAUCAAACCUGGUGCAGGUAAAGACUUGUAUUACCUUUUCUUAUUGGUGCCAUAAUUGGUGUGUUCUUCCUGAAAUAGCAAUGUUAUAUUUCGGUAGUCAUGGCACUGACAAGCUAAUGUGCUUCGCACAUUUUGCAGUAACUCCAAGAGCCACAGCGACCAAAAGUAGCCUGCUUGAACAAGCUGUUUCCGACACGGCAAAGCAAGUAAACAUUGCGGCAGCAAGCAAUGAGGUGUCAGAGAAAAUUUUGGAGUCCCGUAAGCUCAAGAGCGUGGAUCUAGUUGAGCGACACAUGCGGCGUAUCCGAGAGGUGCAGCCUGUGAUCAAUGCUGUGGUGGAUGACCGGUAUGAGGAAGCUGAAACUGAAGCCGCGGACCAGCUUGUUGCCUCCGGUACACUCACACCGGAGCAGCUGGUCAUGGACAAGCCCUUCCUCGGGGUGCCGCUCUCAACCAAGGACUGCUAUGCCGUCAAAGGCAUGCUACAAGACUCUGGUCUGGUGCUGCGGAAGGGCUUCCGCGCCCCACAGGAUGCCGACGGCAUGGCCUUACUGCGUGCGGCCAGUGCCAUCCCGCCGGCGCUCACCAACAUCUCGGAGCUGUGCAUGUGGUGGGAGUCGUACAACUUGCACGAACGCACCAACAAUCCAUACGACAGUCGCCGCAUUUGUGGCAGAUCCAGUGGGGGUGAGGGAAGCCUCAUCGCUAGUGCUGGCUCCGUAAUUGGUGUUGGAACUGACAUCAGCGGCAGCAUACGGAUGCUAGCAUUCUUCAAUGGCAUCUUCGACCACAAGCCAACAAGAGGGCUGGUAUCCAACAAGGGCCAGUACCCACCGGCACGCGAUCACUCUUUGGACGCCUGCCUCGUGGCAGGUCCCAUGUGCCGGUAUGCCCAGGACCUCGAACCCAUGCUGGCCAUCAUGGCGGGACCCCGUGCAUCCCUGGUGCCAUUCAACACUGAGGUGGACUGGUCCAAGGUGACAGUGUACUACAGGGUUUAUGACCUGGGUGGCACCCUCUGCACGCCUGUCCACCCUGAGAUGAAAGACUGUGUGGCCCGCAACAUCCGUCAUGCACAUGGCAGCCCUGUAGUUGAACUGGCCCUUGAAGAAUUCCGUUACUCAGCCCAAAUCUUCACUGCUCGGCUGGCUGCUGCAGCUGUUCCUUCCUUCGCCUCGGAGCUGGCACUGCUCAAGGGAAAGGUGCCCGUGUGGCGAGAACUUGAAUGCUUUCUGCUGCGGUGUUCACCGCACACGCUGCCUGCCCUUGCCCUCUGUCUGCUGGAAUGGCUGUCUCCAAAACGCGGCCACCCUGCACUCACGCGUGUCCUGGCUCGAGCGGACACCUUGCGAGACCGUCUCGCUGCUCUCCUUGGAGCCGGCAAUGCCAUAUUUGUCUACCCGUCCCACCCAGAGCCGGCAACUUUCCACUACCAGCCAUUGCUCAAGCCUUUCAACUACGCCUACACGGCCAUCUCCAACGUCCUCGGCUACCCGACUUGCCAGUGCCCCGUGGGAAUCUCGCCACUGGGCGUGCAGGUCGUGGCUGCCUUCUACAAGGAUCACCUCUGCUUGGACGGGGCACGGGAAGUUGAGAAGGCGUUCUGUGGCUUGCUUCAGCCUCCGAGAGAGUAGGAGCAGGGGGCCUUCAG